GCGGAUCAGCCGCGUUCUCGGGCGGCUCUACGCCAUCUUCUGUCGGCGGGUCACUCGCCUCCUCCCUCUUCCCCCCCCAUCCGCAGCCUUUUCCGCCUUUCAUCGCAGCCUUUUAUCGCAGCCCCUUUUGGCUCGGGCUGCCGCGGGGCGGCGGCGCGUCUCCUGCACGAGAAUGGCGCUCCAGCAGGAGCUCCUUCAGCGCGCCGAGGGGGUGGGCCCCUUACUGCGCGCUGCGAGGGACCAGGGCGAAGCCGCGUGGAAGCAGGCGUCGGGUGCACAGGCUGCUCGGCUGGUCGAGCUCGUCGGAUUGGUGCGCCCGCAGGGCCAGUUGCUCAUUCGUCUCGCGGGUUUGGCGCAGCAAGACGGCUUCGCGCCUGCCGACGCACAGCUGUUGCAGAACGCCUUGGCCACGGCAGCCUCGAGCAGCGGCGGGGCGUGGAAGUCGCAGGACUUCGAGCAUUUCCCGUAUUUCUUGAGUGGUGAAGUGUGGGCCGUGCUCAGCGACCCCCAUGGGGACGUCUUGCACAAGGCUCGGUCUGUUCUGUCGUUUCUCUCGUCGAAGCUGGGCCUCAAGAACCCGUCAGAAGGCACCCUCGCGCACGUGACGGCCCUCGUGACGAUCUGCGUAGAUGGGGCCCCAGCGGCCCGCAGCAUGAGCCCCCACUUCUUGAAAGACACCUUUGACCACAUCAAGACGAUGUGGAAGGGCAUGGUCAAGGCAGAGCCCUUGGAGAAGAUGGCCGCGCUCCCAGCUGACCCCGACGCGUUCCGAGCUGCGUUCCCCGCCACGUGGGCCUCUGCGUACGGCGGCGGUGGUCCUGCGAGCAUCGGAGUGUCUUUCGUCGAUGUCUCCGUGGUGGCUAAAUCGUUCAAGUGGCGCGAGAGGCAGCGCGCAGGGUCCGCGUCGUCGGCGCCACUUUUGCAGGCUCUGCAGAAUAUGAUGGGUCAGACGCUGCAGCAGCCUCAGCAAGAGAGGCUCGCGAACGGUGCGGUGUUGACGUUCGCAGGGAAGCAGCCGCGCAGCCUCGCUGGAGGGGCCCCGCAGGCGAAGAAAGCGAAGAAGGUGGACUCUGUGGAAGCAGCGGCCAUGCAGGUACACGCUGCCAUGCAGCAGGAGAAGGAGACCAAGGCCAAAGCGAAGGCCAAGGCGAAGCCCGCUGCCAAGACAUGCGUGCUGAAGAAACCAGCGUCGGCACCUGUUGGCAAGGCGGCGGUGGUGACCAAAAUCAGCGUGGAGAACACGCGCAGCCAGUGCGUCGCGCACUACGGGAGGGGCCCUGGCUCGACCAAGGUGUUCAAAUGGGGCCCGAACACAGGCUACACGAAGGAGACGUCCAAGAAGGCCGCCAAGCAGUGGAUCGAGAAUCGGCUGCGCGUCGGCUGA